AUGCCUGACACAGCCUUACUCAAGAAGAAGCUUCUUCAUAUUGCCGCAACGGGCAGUGUUUCCCAGUUUACACCAGAGCAACUCCACUCACACUAUCAAGAAUUGAACCAAUUUCUUGCCUUGCAUAAAGAUACCCUUGAUCUGAUUGAAUUGUUCAACUUGUAUGAACUUGAGUUUUAUUCAUGCAUCUUGACCAACCAUGAUAUAGAAGCUAAAGCGGUGAUUGAUUUAUUAUUAGAUCAAUUCCAAUCCAAUUCCAAAUCUCAAAGAAUAAAGUUAUUACAAUCUAUAUAUUAUGAAGCCAUUGGGGAUGGCAAACAGGCUACACAAUUAUUGACCCAAGAUCCCGAUGAAUUGUCAUUGUCUAGACGAUUAGUUACUUUCUCUAGAAGUGAUGGUUCUGACAAAUAUAUCAAGAAUUUAUGUUAUUAUUUGGAUUUACAACCAAGUGACUUGUCUGCCUGGGCUGAAUUGGGGAAUGAGUAUAAGAAAAUCGGCAAGUAUCAAGAUGCAAUUUAUUGUUUAAAAGAAAUCUUAUUGCAUGAACCAUUGGCCUAUCCUGUAUUCUACAAAGUUGGGUUAUACCAUUAUUACUUAUUCUUGCAAGAAUUGGCUAAACCAAAGACUAGACUACACGAUUUGAUACAAUUGCUAACUCAAGCACGAGAUAAUUUCCUUGUGAGUGUUGAAAUCAAUGAUAAGUAUGACAAGAGCUGGGUCGGAUUAUACAUAUUAGCUAACCACGAAUUCAAUCAAGAUGACAAAUUUAAAAAGAAAACUGAAAAGUUAAAAUCGCUAGUACAGAAGAAAGUCACGGAAUUACAUAUUGAUAUCAGUAGUAUCAUAGAAUAG